AAGUCAAAGUAUGAAGUAGCAGAAACUGAAAAAAAAUAGAUACAUCAAAACUGUAGGCUACUUAGUUUUAUCAGCUAUAGAUUUGGCUUGUUUAGUCCGUUACGUCCUGUCAAUACCUUGUCAAGCCAGUCGGUUGCUAGGCGACAGAGUAACAACAUGGCGGAGAACAAGCAGAGUGCAGUGUCAGAUGCCCACAAGAAGAUUAAAGCAGCGUUUGAAGCGUUUGACUAUAAGUCUAACAACACAGUGGAUGUCCGGGAGAUUGGCACCAUCAUCUAUUCUCUGGGCUGCUUCCCCACUCAGAAAGACCUACAUGACUUUAUAGCUGAGGUGGAAGAGGACCGCGCAGGAUUUAUCCAUAUAUCCAAGUUCCUCCCAGCCAUGACCAAAGUGCUGUUGGAGAACAGGUUUCCUCCCAUUCCUGAGGAACGUCUGUUUCAGGCCUUUGAGGUUCUGGACAAAGAAAAGAAAGGAUACCUGGAACGUGAGGAGCUGUCAAAUUACAUGACAAAGGAAGGUGAACCCUUCACUCAGGUUGAGAUGGAUGAGAUGAUGGCAGCACUCACUAUCGAUGAGAAGGCGCAUAUCUCUUACAAAGACUUAUUCGGGCUUCUGACUUCGUAGACAGUGUUGCACAAAUAUUACUGACACGCCUGUUUGUGUGUGUUUGGUCUUUAUGUUCAUAUCUGGAUGUUUUAGGGUGGGCUAGAAUUUCUGAUACUAUAUAAUAAAUGUUCAUUGCUAAGUUGUUGGUUUGUGUUUCGAAUUGAGCCCCUGUGUAACUGCAUAGUUUACAACUCUAUCAUUUAUGUUCCCAUAUUUACAAUAUGUAAAUAUUGUACCCCACUUCUCUUUUCUUGUUUUUAAGUCUGAUAUGGUAGAGGUGUGCUGAAUCACAUUAAAUUGGAAAGUACCGUUCAUGUACACUAUAAACUGACUGAAUUGAUGCCGUCCACUUUUUGCAUUUAAAUGAAGUCAGAAAUCAGGAUCACCACACACUUCCCAUCAAAUACAUCACACACAGUUGGUUAUAAUCUUGCCAUUGAAUGGAAUUAAUAUGUAAAUUAAUUCAGACCGAUUGUGUGCAGGGAUCUACCUCUUUAAUGUAUGACUACACAUUUUUACUUAAGUUUAAUUCAAAAGCUCUAACAGCUUAAAACCUGGCUGUUGUAUUGUAUCACUGUGCCAAUAGAAGAAGCAGCAGAAUCAUCACCCUCAUCAUCCACUCAUACUGCAGUAGGUGGCGGCAUACACCGCUUAAGGUGUUCAGUAGCCUGCCAUGUCACCUAAGAGAAAGAAAAAGAAGAGGAGUAAAACAUUUCUCCUUCCUGCUUCAUCUGCACAUUGUAGGAAACUUAUCCAAAGUUUCCAUCUGAGAGACUCUGAAAGUAACAAGCCGUAACCCAACUGUGACAAACUAAUAGCUGUCAACAUGGGCACAAAUACACUGUGCAAAGCUGUGAGAGGUAUGUGUAUGCGGAGCCACAGUAAAAGUGGAGCUGAGAGAAACACAGCUAUGCUAACAGCAGCUGAGGAACUGAUUGCGGCCAUGGAGCCGGUGUUCUGCUGAAUCUUCAUACCCGUCAUUAUUCCAUACCCAAACUGUCUGCGCAUGCGCAUUAGGUUCUGCGCAUGCGCAGUUAUGGACUGACUAACCCCACCCCGAUCCACCCCCCUAACCCUAACCACUUUGUGAACGGUGGGUAGCACGUCUUGAUAGGUAACAAAAUCUGACAAAACCAUGGCAGCGGCCGAUGGCCCGGCAGCGGCCCUGGAGCUGGCAGCUGCCGAGGGGCCGGCACCUUUUCAUACAAAUAUUGUAUACUGACAAGUUG